AAAGCGGGAGCAGCAAGCUAGCUAACGUUAGCGAUAACUAACGGUGAUAAACGGAAAUAUGGACAACUCAGCCAAAGAAAAAGAGGCUAUGUCUUUAAUGGCAGAAGCCGAAAAGAAGGUCAAAUCCUCGCAGUCUUUCUUCGGCUCGUUGUUUGGGGGUUCUUCAAAGAUGGAGGAAGCAUGUGACAUGUAUGCAAGAGCAGCAAACAUGUUCAAGAUGGCAAAGAACUGGAGCGCUGCAGGAAAUGCCUUCUGUCAGGCAGCACUCCUUCACCUGCAGAUGCAGAGCAAACAUGAUGCAGCAACUAACUUCAUUGAUGCUGGCAAUGCCUUUAAAAAAGCUGACCCUCAAGAGGCCAUAAACUGCCUGAUUAGGGCAAUCGAGAUUUACACAGAUAUGGGUCGUUUCACAAUCGCAGCAAAGCAUCAUGUGACCAUUGCAGAGAUCUAUGAAACAGAAUUAGUUGACAUUGAUAAGGCUAUAGCUCACUAUGAGCAAGCAGCAGAUUACUACAAAGGAGAGGAGUCCACAAGCUCAGCUAACAAGUGUCUGCUUAAAGUUGCUGCCUAUGCGGCUCAGCUGGAGCAGUAUCCAAAAGCCAUUGAGAUAUAUGAACAGGUUGGAACACAAGCAAUGGACAGCACACUACUGAAAUACAGUGCCAAGGAUUAUUUCUUUAAGGCAGCUCUCUGCCACUUCUGUGUUGAUAUGCUUAAUGCCAAGCUGGCUUUGCAGAAGUAUGAGGAAAUGUUUCCUGCCUUUUCAGACUCACGUGAAUGCAAAUUGGUCAAGAAACUUUUAGAUGCAUAUGAGGAACAGAAUGUUGACGUGUAUACAGACUCGGUGAAGGAGUAUGACACAAUCUCACGACUGGAUCAGUGGCUCACCACUAUCUUGUUGCGCAUCAAGAAAACCAUACAAGAGGAUGAGAGUGACCUCCGUUAACAACCCUAUUUUUUGCCCCAACUCUCCGGUUAUUCUUGUACCUUGAGCUUCCCCUUGUUUUCCUUUUUAUCCUCUUAACAGCAGUGCAGUGACUUCCUUCUUAAGUGAUUUUUCUCAGAUCCAGUUACCUUCAUCUUCGCAACUCAGACAUGGAUAAUAGGCUACAUUCAGACACUGAAGAACACUAAGAAAUAGCUUGUUGUUUAGACAAGCAGAGGUUUGAAGAGUGCCUUAGAACUGAAACCAACUGCAGUACAAUGGGCACUCCUUGCAUAAGGACAAUAGAUGCUGUGGAUUCAUGCUUUGUGCCCACUGAGCCCUAUGCGCUGACUUAUUACUAUGCACGAAAUGCCUUUUCCCCCAGUUUAUGAUACUCAGUUUAUGCUGUCUUAGGAUAUCAGUAGUGUUACUUCCAUCAAAGAUGCCAUUAUGAAUUCACUGCAGUAACUUUUUACUGCAUAAUUCAUCAUGGCCUUCCUUGUGUAUCCUCUAGAAUAUCCAGUGAGUUAUUUUUUCCUUUCCUUGUUUGUUUUAUAUUUUAAACAGUGAUGAACAUUGAUAAACAUGUUUCACUGAUUACUUCUGUUAAUAAGUCUCUAAAAUUGAUGAUAUAGUAAAUAUAUUAUUGAACUGUGCACUUUUUUUUUAAUUAUGUUCGAGUUCAUUGCAUAUUAAAGCAUAGUUUGAUGUUCAAAAUA